AAUAUUACUGCGGGCCACUCGACGAUGCCGACGCCGGCAGUCACUUACUAGUCAUCUAGAGACGUUAGUAUAAACCGCGCGCUUACGAUUUCGUAGUCAUGCGAUAAAAAAUUACAAAGUUGCUUGAUGUGUUGAUCGUGGUUAAUCCAAAUAAGCAAAUAAGACAGUUGUUAAUGUUUUUAGGACUCCGUAAUAACAAGUUUAUUCUGUUUUGAUUUCGAAUUGAAAAAAAAGUUUGUUUACAUUCAAAUGAUGUAACUGGAUUGUAAACUGCAUUCUUGAAAGGUAAAAAUAAGACAAGCAAGAACAGAAGAAAAUUAUUGAACUCUUAUAAAAGACAAUAUACGCGUCGUGAAAGUAUGGCCAGUUUAACGCGUCCGUAGUGUGGAAAAACCAAUUCUAUGAACAUUCUAGAAGUAUAAUUGUGGUCCAGAGACUUUGAUUGUAAAUAUGCGUGUACGUUGGUGGCGCGCGGUAUUGGUCUGCGCAUGCGCGCUGGUGUUAAGGAGUGACGCACUGCCGCCCGCAGCGCUUGGGGACGUCGUCGUAAAUGCUGCCAACAGCCUCAACUCUAUGAAGGUAACAGGAGCUUGGCGACGGUUGUCCAGUACGGUAAGCGAGUCAGUGGGCUUGAAGCACGCACUGCGCCGUCUGCAGGACUGUCUAUUCCUAAACGUUUACACCUCCGCACUGCCUGACAAGCUAACGGGGUAUAACCCAAAACUGGCGGUUAUGGUUUGGAUCCACGGCGGCGCGUUUGCAGUUGGAUCCGGGAACGCAUUCCUCUACGGGCCUGACCAUUUGGUUGGGGCUGGAGUGGUACUUGUUACUCUUAACUACAGGCUCGGAGCACUCGGCUUCUUGAGUCUCGAGAAUGAUGAGGUGCCGGGAAAUAUGGGAUUAAAGGAUCAACUUAUGGCUUUGAAGUGGGUAAGAGACAACAUUGAGUACUUUGGCGGGGACCCGGCCAGAGUUACAAUCUUCGGCGAAUCCGCUGGUGCCGUGUCUGUACAUCUACAUAUGCUGUCGCCCGCUUCACAGGGUCUAUUCCACCGAGUGAUAGCGCAGAGCGGGCUGGCGCUGUCUCCGUGGGCGCUGGGGAAGAACCCGCGCGAGAAAGCCUUCGAUUUGGGCAGAGAACUCGGGAUUGAGACCAACAGUACUGCGGAGCUUCUCGGUUACCUGCGAGCAACGCCCAGUGAGUUACUAGUGAAGGCUGGCGCGCGGAUCGCGGGGGCGCCGGGCAAGACUGCCGACCUGCAGAGCACCGUGGCGCUGCCCUUCUUGCCAGUACUCGAGCCCGAGGGCCCCGACGCCUUCCUCACCACCAAUCCCAGGGAAUCCUUACCAGGAUCUGAUGUACCGCUCCUCACAGGGUACAACGCUCAGGAGGGAAUUAUACUAUUUAGACGUCUUCAACGCUAUCCGAAGUUACUGAGUGAGUUGGAACAUGAGUUCCGACGCGUGGUGCCGCCCGAGCUGAUCUCCUCGGAUGAAAAGCGAACAGACAAGGUGGCGGAACACAUCAAAGCUUUCUACUUCCAGCAACGUCCAGUCGAUACGCGGAAUAUCAAUAGUCUCAUUGACUUAUUCACGGACGUGAUGUUUUUGAGGCCAGUACUACAAACGAUCCGUCUUCAAGCGGCCACCAACAGGACGAGCCCCACAUAUUUAUAUCGGUUUGCAUUCGACGGCGCGCUCGGUCUAUUCAAGCGAAUGCUCGGCAUCUCCCACCCUGGCGCCUGCCACGGAGACGAAAUGGGAUACCUCUUCUAUUUCUCCAGACUUAAUUACAGAUUGGAUGAUGAAUCGACUGAACUUGCAGUUUCAAGGAAGAUGGUGCAGAUGUGGACGAACUUUGCAAAGACCGGAAACCCUACCCCACCGGUGGAUUACGAAUCCAUCGUAGACUUUAAAUGGCUGCCCGUGAACGAGACGGAACGCAUGAAUUAUCUUAAUAUAAAUGGAAACUUCACCUUGCUAACAGAUCCUGAAGCAAAAAGAGUUAAGUUUUGGGACUGGCUGUAUGAUAAUUAUGCCAAUGAAUCGAGAGUUUAAUUAAAAUAAAGUGUAUGUGAAGUGUACAGAUUAUAAAUUGGACAAAUUGGACAUUACGGUGAAUUUUAAUCUUCGAAACACUUGUACUGAAACUAGUGUUAUCGCUGUUUUCUUCUAAAAGCAUGAUACAGAUGGUAAUAUUGUUGUUACACAAAAAUUAUAACAAUGGAGACCCUUGCAUUGAAGAAACAUUAACCUUUUGCGAUAUCGAGGUAGUCGAUGUUUUAUUUAUAAGUGAAAAUUGAGUGCAAAUAUAUUUUUACAUAAUGUACUUACU